AUGUUAAACUGUACCGAUCUCGCCUGCGUGCUGCAUCAUCACCAUUUCUAUGCCCAUCUGCACCACCUGAAGCACCAUCUGCAGGAUGACCACGAUCACCAUGGGCACCACGGGCACGAGAGUCACGAUCACCACCAUGAAGCAGUUCGGAAUCAGCCAGGUGGUGAGAUUGAAGGCCCAUUAGCCCUGGAUUACUUCGGAUAUAAUGUCGUCAACGAGCUGCCCACCACCAGCCAUCAGCCCGCGGUGGCGUCGAGCACAGCCGCUGGAGAAGGGAGUGACGUAGACAAUGGAAACAUUCAAGAUUUGCUUAACGAUACCGAUUCCGAGCUUUCUUCUCUGUCCCAUCUUGAUGCUCCCAAUGAUGUCCUGUAUAUGAUAUGUGGAGUCGUCAUCGCCAUGGUCCUCGUGGGCCUCAUCAUAGUUUUAGUCGCCGUUACGAUCAGUAAGCUGAGAAAGCGGGAAGAAUCGUCGACGGUGAGCCCGGUGACGGCGAACAGCAACGUGGAAGCGCCGGCCCACCAGCUUCACCAUCAUCAUCACCACCAACAACAACAACAGCAUCAUCACCCGCACAGCCUCCACCAGCUGCAUCACAACAACGGCAUCCCGAGCCAUCCCCAGCAGCAGCAGCAGCAGCAGCAGAAUAAUCAUAAUAGCAGUAAUCACCAUCACCAGAACGGUGGCAGCAGUCCGGAGACGGGUUACUCCGUGCCAACACCGAUCGCCUUCCGGCAGAGCCCGUCCACCGUGUGGGUCUUUCCACCGUUACCACCGCAGCCCAACAUCUACAACGCCAGUAGUCAGGACGCGUUAGUGCACAACGAAAAGACCGGCUUCAAGGGACUGAAACGUCAGCUGUCCGGCCGGUUCAAGCGUUUGGUAUCGCGGAAAGCGCACGAACCCGCCCCAGUCAUACCGCCCGAGCUGAAACCCCAGCUCAAGACGAUCUACGUGUAUUAAUCAUAAUGAUUUCCAACACCACCACCACCACCCGCAAACUCCCUUUAGCCGUUAAGUGCAGCAGAAGGGCUAGGGCAUGCCCGCCUUUUGAGUUAGAUUUCCAUUCCUAUCGGUUAGAGAGAGAGAGAGAGGGAAAGAGUGAGUCUCUUUGCGCUUACUCCUUAGAAGUCUCCCGCCCCGACGGAUGACUCCUGCCGCGUGCUAUGGUGGUGUCCUUCCCAGGAGGGCCCUUUUUUCGCGAACCGGAUUGUACGUCCGAGGGGUUUGUGGAGCGUUUUCUCCUCACAAACACCCGCACCGUCGCGUUUUCCCCGUGUUCGGACGGAGAAACACACGUACACACAUACAGUAGCCAAUUAAUUUAUUCCACCCGUCCGUGUACCCGCGGCUGGGUGCUGUCAUGCUGGCCGCAAGGACUCGGCUGCAAGCGUUCAGGACACGUGGUGCACGGGCGGCCUAUAGAGAUCGUCACCUUCCGGUGCUAACGGGCGUGUAUAUUAGGUUUAAGUUUUAUUCCAACCUUGUGAUCUGGAGGAGAGCUGGCCGGCCUUGAUUUUUUUGCGCCAAAUUGAUGUAAUAGUAACAACACACGCACAUACGCACACACACACAAACACACAGGUAUUGUGGCACACGCAGGCUCUGUGCGAUCGUACCACCGGAAGUCGCCCUUUCGCUUGGUGCUGACGAUACACACACGCGUGUUUUUUUUAUUGAGGUUAACUCGCAUCCGACGAUCGCGAUUAGAGCGAGCAUUAGAAGAAGACUGAUAAAGGCAAAAACAAAGGAAGCGUAGCAAAAAAAAAACAAUGGAAACAAACUGACACACGCACAUCAUCCGGUCUUUCGGAAGGCAACAGAGUAGGUUUUUUGUUUUCGGCAGGAUUCCAGAGAUUUCAGACGCUGCCAGGGUGUUGUCGUCCUGCCAGCGAGGUGAAGCAGAUGGCUAGAGAGAGAGAGAGAACGAGAGAGAAAGAGAGAUACACGCACACACUCGCAAUUCGCGAAAAGAUAUAGGAUUAGGAUGUACAUUGUUUUGGGACGCAGAAGAAGCUUGUAGAUUAUGACGACAGCCUAACCUUCACCUGUGCUAUGUGCGGUUUGCCUUUACGUUAGUCGCGUUGGGCCUUUGCGGAGGGGAAAUGCGAGGGCUACUUAGACGUUUGGCUCGCGGAAAAAGUAGGCGACGAGAUUUCCACGGUGACGAGUGGUGUCGGUUUGGGUCGUGGGGAGCAUUCUCCUUUCGUCCUUUUGUGUGUGCGAUGCGUGUGAGACGCGUGUGUAGGUGACACCAGGCACCGGAAGCGUGCUGUUGCCCCGAGUGUCCUGUCGAGAGGUUGUCCCACCAGCGUGAUCACGCACAAAGCGGAAAUAGACCGGAUGUAGCCCUUUGUACGCCAGGUGAGAGAAGCAAGUUCACUCACAUUGAGUGCCCGCGAUCUUGAGGACGAAAAAUGAUAGUGAGCCAGGGGAAGAGAGAGAGAGAGAGAGAGAGAUGAGAGAAAAGGGAACAAAUCGGUAUUUGGACAGCGCAAUGAUGGCUAGUGCGAUGUGUGUUUUUUGUCCGCUCGGGCUCUGAUGGUCAAAGGCCGGUGCGAAGCGUAAAGAAUAUUUGUAUUUUUAGUGUUUUAGAGCAGCACAACGAAUGGUGCGAGAUUGUGAAUGUAUACAAACGGAGCGUAGAUUUAGGAUGGCGAAUAAUACGUGCGCGUUUGCUAUGAUAAUGCACGGAGGGACGAUAAUGAUGACGAUGAUGAUGAUGAUGAUGAUGAUGAUUACCUAACAUUGUAAGUGAUGAUAAUAGUAAUUUAAAAUAUACAAACAUA